GACAUUUUCGAGUCACAGCUGAAAAGCGCUGACCUCCUGCCUUGAUCACACAAAAUGUCAGACGAAGAAACUCCACAGAAACAUCACGAAGAAUCAGACUCUGAAGAAGAAGAGGAGGAACAGCUGGAAGAUGUCCCAAAGAUUGAUAUAGAUAUCUCAAAGCUGACGCCACUUUCGCCUGAAGUAAUAUCAAAACAGGCUACAAUAAACUUGGGAACGAUCGGUCAUGUCGCACACGGAAAAUCAACAGUUGUGAAGGCCAUAUCAGGCGUCAUGACUGUACGAUUCAAAAACGAACUCGUUCGUAACAUCACGAUUAAGCUAGGUUAUGCAAAUGCAAAAAUCUACAAAUGCGAGAACGAGGCAUGCCCCCGCCCAGGCUGCUAUCGAUCGUACCGCUCAGACAAGGAAGAUAAUCCUCCUUGCGAACGACCAGGAUGUGGUCACCGGAUGAAACUCAUUCGUCAUGUUUCCUUCGUGGACUGUCCCGGUCACGACAUUCUGAUGGCUACCAUGCUUAACGGUGCCGCAGUCAUGGACGCUGCCCUUCUUCUAAUCGCAGGAAAUGAGACGUGUCCUCAGCCGCAGACAUCGGAGCACUUGGCAGCGGUUGAAAUCAUGAAGCUGGAAAACAUCAUUAUUUUACAGAACAAGGUCGACUUGAUCAAGGAAGCCCAGGCUCUUGAACAUCAAAAAUCAAUCGCUGCAUUCGUCAAGGGCACGGUGGCCGAGUCGUCUCCCAUAGUUCCGAUAUCUGCGCAGCUGAAAUACAACAUCGACGCUGUCAACGAAUACAUUGUAAAGCGUAUACCCAUCCCAGUCCGCGACUUUACCUCCGAUCCUCGUCUCAUCGUUAUCCGUUCCUUCGAUGUCAACAAACCUGGUGCUGAGGUCGACGAGCUCAAAGGCGGUGUUGCCGGUGGUUCUAUCCUCACAGGAGUUCUAAGGCUAGGGCAAGAAGUCGAGAUUCGUCCGGGAAUUGUGACGAAAGACACUCAGGGCCGCAACCGCUGCAAACCGAUUUUCAGCAAGAUCGUGUCUCUACACGCGGAGAACAAUCACUUGCAAUUUGCAGUUCCGGGAGGGUUGAUCGGUGUUGGAACCAAGAUUGAUCCUACACUAUGUAGAGCGGAUCGUCUUGUUGGUCAAGUGCUGGGUGCGGUCGGGAAGCUCCCGAAAGUCUACACUGAGCUUGAAAUCAGUUUAUUCCUCUUGCGCCGUUUGCUGGGUGUUCGGACAGAGGACAAGAAACAAACCAAAGUCUCGAAACUCGCUAAGAACGAGCUCCUUCUGAUUAACAUUGGUUCAACAUCGACUGGUGGGCGCGUAUUGAGCGUGAAAGGGGAUCUCGCGAAGAUUCAGUUGACUUCACCGGCAUGCACUGAGGUUGGAGAGAAGGUCGCGCUUUCGAGACGUAUCGAGAAGCAUUGGCGACUUGUAGGCAAGUGUUGGGGAAGUGUACAGCGCGGAACGGUGUUAGAGUUGGACUGA